UUAACCUGCUAUUAUGCGUUUUUUUCCCUGAAAACGUACAGAUGUAAAAUCAUGUUGAUGCUUUUUUUUAUAUAGCCAGACCAGUACCAUUAUGCAGAUUUCGUGACAUCACUAGAAUUAACUGCCAAGAAACCGUUCUAAUGCAACCACAUGCUGAUGCCUUGUCUUUGUAGGCUACAUCUGCUCCGGCUGUAUUAUACUCAAGACGUGUGGCGUUUAUAAUACAUCCGUUGUUUUGCCAGUAGAACAACCCAUUUGCAAUCUUACGGUAUCUUCAAUUGUGUCACACGCGCCUUGGCUUCCUUUUGUGGCGCCGGGGCUGCGAGAGGAGGAGGUAGAGUUUUAAACAAUAGAGCGCAAAAUACAGCCCUGCUCCUUGGAGCUUGUAACAAGGACGGGAACCUACGACUGGAAAGCGAACAGCUGUGACAAAGAACUCAAGAACAUGAAGAAGCUCGUGCACUGAUUUGGUUAUAGUAAUCACUGGAUAUAUUUUGCGCUACAUUGUCAAUCCUCAAGGAGAAAACAUGAAUUCAGCUGAAGGAGCCGAGGAGGGUCCAAAUGAUUCCGAUACAGAUGCGUUUUUCAAAACCGGGUCCUUCAGGAAUGAUGGGAUUAAGGCAUCUGAUGUCCUGCCUGUGCUGAAAGAGAAAGUGGCCUUUGUGUCAGGAGGUCGUGAUAAGAGAGGUGGCCCCAUACUGACCUUCCCUGCCAGAAGUAACCAUGACAGAAUAAAACACGAGGAACUGCGGCGGCUGGUGACCUAUCUCUCCACUGUGCCCAGUGAGGAUGUGUGCAAGCGGGGCUUCACAGUGAUCAUUGAUAUGCGUGGUUCCAAGUGGGACCUGAUCAAGCCUCUACUGAAGACCCUGCAGGAAGCCUUCUCUGCUGAGAUCUGCGUGGCGCUCAUCAUCAAACCGGACAACUUCUGGCAGAAGCAGAAAACCAACUUUGGCAGUGCCAAGUUCACUUUUGAGACUAGCAUGGUGUCAGUGGAGGGCCUGACUAAGUUGGUGGACCCGUCCCAGCUGACAGACGACUUUGAGGGCUCUUUGGAGUACAACCACGAGGAGUGGAUGGAUCUGCGCGUGGCCCUGGAGGAGUUCAUGGGCUCGGCCGUGCACCUCCUCUCCCGCCUGGAGGAUCUCCAGGAGCUGCUGGCCAAGAAGGAGUUCCCGGUGGACGUGGAGGGCUCCCGGCGGCUCAUCGACGAGCACACGCAGCUCAAGAAGAAGGUGAUGAAGGCUCCCGUGGAGGAGCUGGACAGGGAGGGCCAGAGGCUGCUUCAGUGUAUCCGAUCUAGCGACGGGUUUUCUGGGAGGAACUGCAUCUCGGGUAGCGCUGACUUCCAGAGCGUGGUGCCUAAGAUCGCCAGCCUGCUGGACAAGCUGCACUCCACCAGACAGCACCUGCACCAGAUGUGGCACGUCCGCAAGCUCAAGCUGGACCAGUGUUUCCAGCUCCGCCUCUUUGAGCAGGACGCAGAGAAGAUGUUUGACUGGAUCAGUCACAAUAAGGAAGUGUUCCUGCAGAGCCACACAGAGAUCGGAGUCAGCUACCAACACGCCGUGGACCUCCAGACGCAGCACAAUCACUUUGCCAUGAAUUCUAUGAAUGCCUAUGUGAACAUCAACCGGAUCAUGUCGGUGGCGUCGCGGCUGUCGGAGGCGGGCCACUACGCCUCGCAGCAGAUCAAACAGAUCUCAGCCCAGCUGGACCAGGAGUGGAAGAGCUUCGCCGCCGCCCUGGAUGAACGCAGCACCAUCCUGGCCAUGUCGGCCGUCUUCCACCAGAAGUCGGAACAGUUCCUGGCUGGGGUGGAGGCCUGGUGUAAGAUGUGUAGUGAGGGGGGACUGCCCUCGGAUAUGCAGGACCUGGAGCUGGCCAUCCACCACCACCAGACCCUCUACGAACAAGUGACCCAGGCCUACACCGAGGUCAGUCAGGAUGGCAAGGCACUGCUGGAUGUCCUCCAGAGACCAUUGAGCCCGGGGAACUCGGAGUCUCUGACGGCCACAGCCAACUACUCCAAGGCGGUCCACUGUAUCUUGGACGUGGUCCACGAGGUCCUGCACCAUCAGAGACGCCUGGAGAGCAUCUGGCAGCACCGCAAGGUCCGCCUGCACCAGAGGCUACAGCUCUGUGUGUUCCAACAGGACGUCCAACAGGUGAUGGACUGGAUAGAGAACCACGGGGAGGCAUUCCUCAGCAAACACACGGGCGUGGGCAAGUCCCUCCACCGCGCCAGGGCACUGCAGAAACGGCACGACGACUUUGAGGAGGUGGCACAGAACACCUACACCAACGCAGACAAGCUCCUGGAGGCAGCAGAGCAGCUGGCCCAGACUGGGGAAUGUGACCCGGAGGAGAUCUACAAAGCAGCACGGCACCUGGAGGUCAGGAUCCAAGACUUUGUCCGGCGGGUGGAGCAGAGGAAACUGCUGCUGGACAUGUCGGUCUCCUUCCACACCCACACCAAAGAGUUGUGGACGUGGAUGGAGGAUCUCCAGAAGGAGCUGUUGGAGGAGGUGUGUUCAGACUCGGUAGAGUCGGUCCAGGAGCUCAUCAAGCAGUUCCAGCAGCAGCAGACGGCCACGCUGGAGGCUACGCUCAACGUCAUCAAGGAGGGAGAGGACCUCAUCCAGCAGCUCAGGGACGCUGCCAUGUCCACCAACAAGAUGCCCCACAACAGCUCCAUCGCCCACAUCGAGAGUGUCCUGCAGCAGCUGGACGAGGCCCAGGGCCAGAUGGAGGAGCUGUUCCAUGAGAGGAAGAUCAAGCUGGACAUCUUCCUGCAGCUACGCAUUUUUGAGCAGUACACCAUCGAGGUGACGGCGGAGCUGGACUCGUGGAACGAGGACCUGCUGCGCCAGGUGAACGACUUCAACUCGGAGGACCUGAACCUGGCCGAGCAGCGGCUGCAGCGCCACACGGAGCGCAAGCUGGCCAUGAACAACAUGACCUUCGAGGUGAUGCAGCAGGGACAGGACCUGCACCAGUACAUCAUGGAAGUCCAGGCCUCAGGCAUUGAGCUGACUGGGGAAAAAGAGGUGGAUCUGGCCACUCAGGUCCAGGAGCUGCUGGAGUUCCUCCAUGAGAAGCAGCAUGAGCUGGACGUCAGCGCUGACCAGACCCAGAAGAGACUGCAGGAGUGUCUGCAGCUCCGACACCUGCAGUCAGAGGUCAAACAGGUCCUGGGCUGGAUCCGGAAUGGGGAUUCCAUGCUGAAUGCCAGCAUGGUGAAUGCCAGCUCGCUGUCAGAGGCAGAGCAACUCCAGAGGGAGCAUGAACAGUUCCAGCUGGCCAUCGAGUCCCUGUUUCAUGCCAAUUCCCUCCAGAAGACCCACCAGAGUGCCCUGCAGGUGCAGCAGAAGGCUGAGGUCAUGCUCCAGGCGGGCCACUUUGACCCGGACGGCAUACGGUCCUGCGCCGAGAAGGUGGCCAUGCACUGGCAGCAGCUCAUGCUCAAGAUGGAGGAUCGACUCAAGCUGGUCAACGCUUCUGUGGCCUUCUACAAGACCUCAGAGCAGGUAUGCAGUGUGCUGGAGAGUCUGGAGCAAGAGUACAGGCGAGAUGAGGACUGGUGUGGUGGCCAUGACAAGCUGGGAGCCAUGGCUGAGACGGACCAUGUCAUCCCCCUCAUCAGCAAACACCUGGAGCAGAAGGAAGCCUUCCUCAAGGCUUGCACAUUGGCCAGGAGAAAUGCUGAGGUGUUCCUGAAGUACAUCCACAGGAAUAAUGUGGGUAUACCUGGUGCGUCAGGCCAUGCCAGAGGUCCUGAGCAGCAGGUUAAAGCCAUCCUCAACGAGCUACUCCAGAGGGAGAACCGGGUUCUGCACUUUUGGACCAUGAAGAAACGCCGCCUGGAUCAGUGCCAGCAGUACGUGGUGUUUGAACGCAGCGCCAAACAGGCUUUAGACUGGAUCCAGGAAACAGGAGAGUAUUACCUCUCCACUCACACCUCCCCUGGAGAGAGCGGCGAGAGGAGUCAGGAACUACUGAAGGAGUAUGAGGAAUUCCGAGUCUCCGCCAAGCAAACCAAGGAGAAGGUGAAGCUCCUCAUUCAGUUGGCAGACAGCUUCGUCGAGAAGGGACAUGUGCACGUCAUUGAGCUGAAGAAGUGGGUCACCACAGUGGACAAGCGCUACCGAGACUUUUCCCUCCGGAUGGGGAAGUAUCGCUCCAGCCUGGAGAAAUCACUGGGCAUCAGCUCCGAGGAUAAUAAGGACUUGGAGCUGGACAUCAUCCCAGCCAGCCUGACUGAUCCUGGGGAGGUGAAGCUCCGCGACCCCAACCACGAGGUCAACGAGGAGAAGAGGAAGUCAGCCAGGAAGAAAGAGUUCAUAAUGGCUGAACUCCUUCAGACUGAGAAGGCCUAUGUCAGGGACUUGCAUGAAUGUUUAGAGGCGUACCUGUGGGAGAUGACGAGUGGGGUGGAGGAGAUCCCGCCUGGCAUCGUCAACAAGGAGCACAUCAUCUUCGGCAACAUCCAGGAGAUUUAUGACUUCCAUAACAGCAUUUUCCUCAAAGAGCUAGUGAACUAUGAACAGCUACCUGAAGAUGUGGGCCAUUGUUUUGUCACAUGGGCUGAUAAAUUCCACAUGUAUGUAAAUUACUGUAAAAACAAACCAGAUUCCAGCCAACUCAUAUUGGAGCAUGCUGGAAGCUUCUUCGAUGAAAUCCAGCAGCGACACGGAUUGGCCAACUCAAUCUCCUCCUACCUUAUCAAGCCAGUGCAGAGGAUCACUAAGUAUCAGCUUCUCCUCAAGGAGCUGCUGACCUGCUGUGAGGAGGGGAAGGGGGAGAUUAAGGACGGCCUGGAGGUGAUGCUUAGUGUCCCCAAGAGGGCCAACGACGCCAUGCACGUUGCCAUGUUGGAAGGUUUCGAUGAGAAUCUGGACGUGCAGGGAGAGCUGUUCAUCCAGGACACGUUCCAGGUGUGGGAUCCCAAGUCUCUGAUCCGGAAGGGCCGGGAUCGCCAUCUCUUCCUGUUCGAGAUCUCCCUGGUGUUCAGCAAGGAGAUCAAGGACUCGGCCGGCCGCACCAAAUAUGCCUUCAAGAACAAACUGCUGACAUCAGAACUGGGCGUGACAGAGCACAUUGAAGGGGACCCCUGUAAGUUUGCCCUGUGGGCUGGAAGGACCCCCUCAUCUGACAACAAGACUGUCCUCAAGGCGUCCAGCAUUGAAGCAAAGCAGGAAUGGAUCAAGAACAUCCGGGAGGUGAUCCAGGAGAGGAUCAUCCACCUCAAGGGGGCGCUGAAGGAGCCCAUCCACAUGCCCAAAACCCCUGCCAAGCCACGCAACAACAGCAAAAGGGAUGCUGGUGAGGAUGUCGACAGCCAGGGUGACGGCAGCAGUCAGCCAGACACCGUCUCCAUCGCUUCCAGGACCUCCCAGAACACUGUGGACAGUGAUAAGCUCUCCGGGGGCUGUGAGUUGACUGUGGUGUUGCAGGACUUCACAGCAGGUUGUUCCAGCGAGCUCAGCCUUCAGACGGGUCAGACGGUGGAGUUGCUGGAGAGGCCCAGUGACCGCCCCGGCUGGUGUCUGGUGCGGACCACCGACCGUAGCCCCCCUCAGGAGGGCCUGGUGCCCAGCUCGGCCCUCUGUAUCUCCCACUCCCGCAGCAGCGUGGAGAUGGAGUGCUUCUUCCCCACAGGGAAAGAGAACUACUCGGUCAGUGGGCCCGAGGGAGCGAAGACCGAGUCGGUGGCCAGCCUGCAGCCCCAAGCAUCCCAGAGCUCCAUCCAUUCAAGCUCUCCGGGACCGAAGCGCUCGGGAAACACCCUGAAGAAGUGGCUGACCAGCCCUGUGCGCCGCCUCAGCCACGGCAGCAGCAUCAAGAAGUUACCCAACAAGCACAAGAAGAGAGAUGGCCGCAAGAGCAUCGACCUGGGGCCGCCCGAGAGCACCCUGCACGGCGAGAGCGUAGACGAGGUAACGAGUGUCCUGACUCCUCUCCACAGCAUCUCUCGCUCUCUCUUUCCAACUCUCUCGCAGGACGCGAGCGCAGAUGAGAGGGGCAGAAAGGAGGGCCCCCUGUCCAAGCCCUCCUCUGGAAUGCAGAGCGGAGGAGAGGAGGAGCCCGAGGAUGACUCUCACACCCCCCUGCCGCCCCCCAUGGAGAUCAUCAAGGACCCCUCGUCCCAGGAGGAGAAGUCCUCCGCAUUGCAUACUGCGCGUCAGGGCUCCGCCGAUGUCCCCAGCGCUGCGGAUCUUGUCAGUGCAAUAGAAAAGUUGGUCCAAACUAAGAUGAAUCUGGAGCCAGGUGCCUAUCCCAGCUUCACCAAUUUGACUCCUCCAGAACAGACCAGCCCAGCCCUGCCCAGGAACCCUGAACUGGAGCAGAAGGCCAAAGCUCUGCGUGGACGCAUGUUUGUCCUCAAUGAGCUGGUACAGACGGAGAAGGACUAUGUCAAGGAUUUGGGCAUUGUAGUGGAGGAGUUCAUGAAGAAGAUGGAGGAGAAGGGAGUACCUGAAGAUAUGAAAGGAAAAGACAAAAUGGUUUUUGGGAAUAUUCACCAGAUCUACGACUGGCACAGAGAUUUUUUUGUCGGCGAGCUGGAGAAAUGUCUUGAAGACAACGAGCACCUUCCUGAGCUUUUCAUAAAACAUGAGAGGCGACUACACAUGUAUGUGGUUUACUGCCAGAACAAGCCCAAGUCUGAAUUUAUCGUCGCUGAGUACGACACAUUUUUCGAGGGCCUACAGCAAGAGAUCAGUUCAAGACUGGGCAUAAGUGACUUUCUCAUAAAGCCAAUUCAGAGAAUCACCAAGUAUCAGCUACUUCUAAAGGACUUCUUGAAGUAUAGUUCCAAAGCAGGACUAGAUUGCCAAGAGUUGGAGAAAGCAGUUGGUUUAAUGUCCCAGGUCCCCAAGCUGUGCAAUGACAUGAUGAAUCUUGGCAGACUACAAGGCUAUGAGGGUAAGCUGACCAGCCAGGGUAAGCUGCUGCAGCAGGAAACAUUCUUCGUGACAGAGCAGGAUACGGGCGUUCUGUCGCGCAGCAAGGAGCGCAGGGUCUUCCUGUUUGAGCAGAUCGUCAUCUUCAGCGAGCUCCUCCGCAAGGGCUCAUCCACGCCGGGCUACCAGUUCAAGAAGAGCAUCAAGGUGAGCUACCUGGGCUUGGAGGAGCAUGUGGAAAAUGACCCGUGUAAGUUUGUGCUGUCGUGUCGAGGGUCGGCCGAGCGCUUCACCCUGCAGGCAGCCAACCUGGACAUCAAGCAGGUGUGGGUCCAACAUGUCAGCCAGGUCCUUGAUGCCCAGAGCAACUUCCUGUCUGCCCUGCAGUCUCCUAUUGAGUACCAGAAGGAGAAGGGUAGUUCUCACUCCCUCACCAGAAACCCAUCGGGCAGCCGGCCCCCUAGUUGUAACAGUAGGCCCCUCUCCUCCUCCUCUGUGGGGGCAGAGAAGCCCCCCCUAGCGGGACCGGGACGGACCCCCACCCCUCUCGAGCUAUCUACCUCCAACGGUAGCCCCUGCUUCGACCCCACGAAACACAGCGAAAGCUACGAGUCCACCAGGCAGCACGGCGGCGGAUGUAACGGCAUGUCCUCCACAAUGAUGGUGACACAGGACUACAGUGCACUGAAGGAGAAUGAGAUCUGUGUGAUCCAGGGCGAGAUGGUGCAGAUCAUGGCCACCAACCAGCAGAACAUGUACCUAGUUUACCGGUCUGCCAACAGCCAGUCUCCUGCAGCCGAGGGCUGGAUCCCAGGCCACAUCCUGGGACCCCUCACUAAAACGCUCAAAGACAGUGCUGCUGACGCAAGCAUCAAGAAAUCUCGUUCAUGGAAUACCCUGCGCUCGAGAAAGCGGACAGAAAAGGAUAUCAAUGGCAAGGGUGGUGACGCAAGGGUUGAGAAUGGACUCCGUAAGCCCAAGGAGAUUCUCAGCACCAAGGUCACUGUCGAAGAGUCAAACAGCUCAGAGGAGUCAGAUUGUGAUGAUGAACUCCCCAAAACUAGCAUGGAGAUAAUGAACCCUAAUUUUAUACAAGAAGUGGCUCCAGAAUUCCUGAUACCACUAGCUGAUGUGACAUGUGCAUUUGGGGAGACGGUGGUCUUGUGCUGUAAAGUGUGUGGACGUCCCAAACCCAACAUCACUCUGAAAGGACCCGAUCAGAGCCCGGUUGUCAACAACUGUCGGUUCACUAUCAACAUUAGGGAUACGGGUGACAUUCUGCUGAAGAUCUGUAACCUAAUGCCCCAGGACACUGGCAUCUACACCUGUAUGGCUGUCAACGACCAUGGCACUGCCUCCUCCUCUGCCUCUAUCAAAGUCCAAGGUAUCCCAACAGCACCUGCCAGGCCCGUGGCCCAGGAGGCCUGUAGCAAUGCGGUGACUGUCCACUGGCUCCCCCCUGCCAGCUCAGCUAGCUGUGCCGUGUCCAGCUACACAGUAGAGUACAGGCAGGAAGACUCCCUACUGUGGCAGCAGUCAGUGGUCUCUACGGUAGAUGUGUGUGUUAAGAUUGAAGAUCUCAUCCCUGGGGGGCACUACCAAUUCCGGGUCAGUGCCAGUAACCCCUGGGGGGUCAGUCCACCCAGCGAGCCCUCCAACAUGGUGACCCUGCCCAGCGGGAUUUCCACAUACGAUGGAAUGGGCAUUCAGUGGAAAGACAACUUUGAAUCGAGUUUCACGGAAAUUUGCGAGAUUGGACGGGGUCGAUUCUCCGUAGUGAGAAAGUGUCUGAACAAGGCCAGUAGGAAGGAGGUGGCUGUGAAGUACAUCACUAAGAAGAUGCAAAAGAAGGAGCAGGUGGACCACGAGGCAGACAUCUUGAGCCACGUCCAGCAUCCUCAGCUGGUGGCUCUGACUGACACCUAUGAGUCCCCCACCUCCCUCAUGUUGGUCUUCGAGCUGCUGGAGGGCGGGAGGCUGUUGGACUACCUGGUGGCCCAUGAUGAGCUGAUGGAGGAGAAGGUGGCCUUCUUUGUGAAGGACACCUUAGAGGCCUUGCAGCACCUCCACACCUGCAGAGUGGCCCAUCUAGACCUUAAGCCUGAGAACCUCCUGGUGGAUCUCCACGUGCCUGUUCCUUCUAUCAAGCUCAUAGAUUUUGGAGAUGCAGUCCAGGUGUCUCGCCACCGUUAUGUCCAUCUUCUCCUGGGCAACCCAGAGUUUGCGGCUCCUGAGCUGAUCCAGGGCACAGCGGUGUCCCUGAGCACUGACGUUUGGAGCGCCGGGGUCCUGGCCUACGUCAUGCUGAGCGGUGUCUCACCCUUCCUGGACGAGAGCCUGGAGGAGACGUGCGUCAAUAUCUGCAAGCUGGACUUCUGCUUCCCAGAGGACUACUUCCAGGGAGUGAGCCAGGCGGCCAGGGACUUCAUCAGCUCUACCCUGCUGCAGGACCCCCGGAAGAGGCCCAUUGCCACCGUCUGUCUUCAGCACCCCUGGGUGAGUGCCCACAGUGGAGACUACUCCAAGACCCCACUGGACACGGGUCGUCUGGCAUCCUUCAUUGACAGACGGAGACAACUACACGACGUGCGCCCUGUCACCAACAUCAAGGGACUGUUGACCAGCAGCAUGGGACACACCCUAUAAUUACCCCGUGAACAGCCAAUUAACACAAAGGUGAAACGAAAAACACUCUGUUAGUAGUACUCUGGAGGUGUAUUCACUAGGCAUUUAACAGAACCAAACCUAAGUAAACUGAACCAAACGGGGAGGGACCUACCUGAAUUUGUCCAAUAGAAACUUGUUUUCGUUGCUACUGUUUGGACUCAUGAUUACACCCCAGGACUCCGUCAUUGAAACAUGGUUUUCCAUCUCUGGAUACUAGAUAAUACCUGUAGCUUGUCAACAAACAUGUUGUGUGAAUAUCAUUACUGUGUUCAAGAUGCCAGAAGACAAGACAUUGGCAUUUGAUUGAUCGAGAUGUUUCAGAGCUGUAGUAUGAAGCCCUACCACUCUUAUGGUGUCCAUGUAUUGGAAAUGCCAAAAUUGUAAUAUAUUAUCCUUGGAAAUGAUUAACUAACUAUCAGAGAAAGAUCUAUGAAUGAUAAUAGAACUGUUGAAUGUAAUUUAUUGUAGAAUGUGGUCAGCCUUUGUAGAAGUGCUAUUGUCUGUGAAGAAAUAUUCAGCGUUGAUCCCUUAGUGUGAAGAUAUAGUACGAUGGUUAUUUUUCCAGCGGUGCGGUUUGAGAUAUGAAUGAAAAAAUCCAACACGAUUAACUUCUCACAUCACUUUUGUACAUCAUUCUUGUUUGUCAGUACACGUCUGUCACCUCCAAGCUCACUUUGAAUGCAUUUAGUUGGUUCCCCAUUCAUAGGUCUCAGGUUUAGUUGUGAUUUGAAUGGUCAAAGCUGGAAGGACAGGCUGCAAAUUUCAAUCCGAAUAGGGCAGUGACCAAACAACGAGUUGCAUAUUUCUCUUUCUUAGACCCAAAUCGUUUACAACAAGUCUUCACAUUAGCUCUCAUCGCUCAUGUAGUUGAGGUGAGUCAGACUGCCCUGCGACUUCAAAAUCAGUGUCACCCUCGGCCCAAGAGGAAUUUGUGUCUAAUGGUUAAAACGGCCAGUGCAGUCAAAAACGUGACUUUCCUGCGUUCUAUAUUUCCACACUAUGAGGUUGGAAUAAUACUGUGAAAAUAAUGAUAAUGGCCUUUUAGUGUUAGAGCUGUUUGAAAAGACCACCUGAAAUUUCAGCCUGUUUUGUUGGGAUGGAAUUUUGUCCCACCUGGUGAGAAUCUCUUUAUUAGACCAAUAAGAGAGUUCCAAACCUCUCAGCCAAUAACAGCUAGUUUAUAGUUUUCCCCUCCCCACUCAGACCACUCCCAGACAGUCCUAGCAAAGUUCUUAUUUGAGAAAUUGUUCUUUGCAAGGAAGCUAUUUUGGGUUUCUUUUUGAUCAUUUUAAUUGAAAACAAUCACAGUAAGGCACUUAAUUUUUACCCAGAAUUGAUUUGAUAUUGAGAUUUUUUAAGAACAGCUGCAUUGGACCUUUGAGGUGUUGGUUUCCCAAACUCAGAGACUGGGGUUCAGAUCCCACCUGUGACUGGUGUACUGGUCACCCAUUUACUCAAUAUGAUUGUUUACUUGUGCAAUUAGCACUCAGGGUCUAGAACACUGACUGAACACUUAAUGUAGUAUUGCCCCAAUAGUGUAGGAUUUGAAAACCCAGACCUUAAUUACUUAAUUUCUGGAUGUAUUGUUUAUUUAAAUAUGAGAACUGGUAUAACUUGAUUGAUUUUAAAUCGUUAUCUAUUUAUUCAAAUUAUGAAAGGAUGCUUCUAACAUUUUGUAACAGCGGACGCAGAGACCCAUCAUUCAUUCGUCAUGUGUGCUUCCCAAAUGGAACCCUAUUCCCUACAAAGUGAACUAGUUUUGACCAGGGCCUAUAGCACUGGUCAAGCAGUGCACUAUAUAGGAAUAGGUUGCCAUUUGUGAAGCACAUUAAGCAUUCCUAUAGGUAGGUUGUACAGUACAGUAUGUAGACUCUCUCACAAAAAUCAAUCUUCGUCAUCAAAUAUUUAAAUGUUAUGCUGAUGACAUUUGUCUCAUACCUACAGGCAAGGCAAUUGAAUGGCAACUCAUAAACAACCAUAAAACUAUAACCAUGUGUACAUGCCUAACCAAAUACAAAGCUGGUAGUAUGCUCCAUUUUACAGUGCUUCAAACCUACUACUGAGCAAAUUGGUGAAUCAGUUCUGCUUCACAUUAGCAAGAUGUGAUACUAUUGCUACCUAAAACUAAGUGGUAAAAUGCUUAAGAUUACAGUGCCUUUUGAAAGUAUUCAUACCCCUUGACUUUUCCUACAUGUUGUUGUUACAGCCUGAAUUUAAAAUGGAUUAAAUUGAGAUUUUGUGUCACUAGCCUCCACGUCAAAGUGGAAUUAUUAUGUUAGAAAUUUAUUGAAAAACAUUAAAGCAGAAAUGUCUUGAGUCAAUAAGAAUUCAACCCCUUUGUAAUAGCAAGCCUAAAUAAUUUAACAAGUCACAUAAGUUGCAUGGGCUCUGUGUGCACUAAGUGUUUAACAUGGUUUUUGAAUGACUACCUUGUCUCUGUACCCCACAUACAAUUGUCUGUAAGGUCACUCAGUCGAACAGUGCAUUUCAAUCACAAAGAGCAGGGAGGUUUUCUAAUGCCUCACAAAGGGCACCUAUUGGUAUAUGGGUACAAAUUAAAAACAAAACAGACAUUGAAUAUCACGGUGAAGUUAAUAAUUACACGUUGGAUGGUGUAUCAAUACACCCAGUCACUACAAAGGCACAGACAUUCCUAACUCAGUUGCGGAGAGGAAGGAAACCACUCAGGGAUUUGACCAUGAGGCCAAUGAUGACAUUAAAACAGCAAUGAUCAUUCAACCAAUUUGACCAAGCUUGAAGAAUUUUGAAAAUCACUGAACAAAAACGAAACAUGUAAAGUGUUGGUCCCAUGUUUCAUGAACUGAAAUAAAAGAUCC